AUGCACUUCGACGGCUCGAAGAUGCGUCUCGGCCUAGGGGCCGGCAUUGUGCUAUCCUCCCCGAAGGGCGACCCGCUCAAAUACGCGCUCCAGAUCCACUUCACCGCCUCCAACAACGUCGCCGAAUACGAAGCUCUUGUGCACGGCCUCCGGCUUGCCAAAGAACUCGGCAUCUGGCGCAUCCUAUGCUAUGGCGACUCGGAUCUGGUGGUGCAGCAGUGCUCCGGCGAGUGGGACGCCCGUGACCCCAACAUGGCGAGCUACCGCUUCCUCGUCCAGAAGCUGUCCGGAUUCUUCGCGGGCUGCGAGUUCCUCCAUGUCCCGCGAGCGGAAAAUGAGGCGUCCGACACGCUCGCCAAGAUCGCCUCGUCCCGGCAAUCCAUCCCGUCCGGCGUCUCCCUCGAGCACUUGCACAAGCCAUCCGUCAAACCGUCUCCGGACUCCGAGUCCAUCUACGUCCCGGACGACCCGGCCGCGCCUCAACCCGGCCCGGGGACUACUCAACCCGGCCCGGGGGCUGCAGCCGUCGACCCGGCCGCCGCUGUUCUCAAGCCGGGGGCUGCUGAACCCGUCUCGGGGGCUGCUGCCCCAGAACCCGCCAUGCAUGGUGGCCGUCUUUGCCGUGGUGACGGCGCCAUCGUGGGUCCUGCCCAUCUGAGAGUUUCUGGAGAACGAGGUCCUCCCCAUGGACGAGAUCGAAGACCGUGUGGGCACCACGCCGCCUCGCGGUCUCUGGUGGCCAAGGCCUUCCGCCAUGGUUUCUACUGGACCACGGCCCUCGAAGACGCCGAGUCACUCGUCCUCAAGUGCGAGGGAUGCCAGCGCUUCAGCAAGCGCAUCCACCAGCCGGCGUUGGCACUCCGGACCAUCGCGAUCACCUGGCCCUUCGCGGUCUGGGGACUCGACAUGGCGGGGCCCUUCAGGACUGCUCGAGGCGGCAUGACGCAUUUGCUGGUGGCGGUGGACAAGUUCACCAAAUGGAUCGAAGCAAGGCCAAUCAAGAAACUAGAUGGGCCAACGGCCGUCCGAUUCGUCAAGGACAUCGCAAUUCGCUAUGGCAUGCCGAACAGCAUAAUCACCGACAGCGGCACCAACUUCGCGAAGGGCGCGCACGCGCAGUACUGCUCCGUCUCCGGCAUCCGCCUCGACCUGGCUUCCGUUGCACACCCGCAGUCCAACAGCCAGGUCGAGCGGGCCAACGGCCUCAUGGCUUGA